UUCUAUACAUAGGAAAUGUUGUUAUGGACGCAAAUUCGGCGGAAGUUUAUAUAUUAAAACAUUUAAUUUAGACUAUUUUAGUCACAUAGAAGGAUAGAUCUAGAUUCGAGAUAGAUAUACUGAUAUAGUUACUAGUCUAGAUAUCUAGAUCUAUAAAAGAAAGAUAUAGAUCUAGAAUCUAAAUAGAUCUCAAAAGUUUUCACGCCCAGGUCAAGACCAAGACUCUCAAUUAAUCGACUAUUGAAAGUCCUAUUGUCGAAAAUGACUGGAACCUCACCACAGUCUCAGCUAAAUGAAAAGCCAGGAGUUUUCACACAUACCAGCUUAAUGACACUAGCAAAAGGUAUUGGUAAAGAAGCUCUCAAGGGUCUGGAGUUGGCCAUGAUCUUAAACAUAUCUGCAACUGCUAUUAUCAGAUCUGCAGCUGAUAUAACAGAUACUCCACUUACUGCAGAGGGCUCAGAAUACAACAGGAUUGCUGUAACUCAAAGCUGUCUGCUGCGCUGGAAAGAGCUGACACAAAAUGCUAAAACAAAAGAUCGCCUCAAAAGUCUUGAAAGGGCCCUGAGGGAAAUAGGAAAAGGGGAUAUAGCUGACCAGCUGGUUGAGCAUCACCAAAACAAUCAAGAACUGACUCAAGACCUUUUUGAAUAAAACCCUCUUUUACUGCAUACUUCUUGUUACUAACACCACAUUCCUAAGUAGACUGUUAAGGUUGCAAGGGUAAUUUUUUUUUUUUUGUGUGUAAAAAUGUUAUCAUUUGGACAUCAAAUAACAAUCUGAUCAUGUCAUAUAGACAUAUCUUGGUUUAAUUAUUAAUAGGACAAUUUAUAAUUGGCUAAUUUGUAUAUAUUUUAAUGUUUAAUUGUACUUUUAUGUAAUAUUAAGCCUUAAUUUAACUGUCAUCAUUUGAUAUGAGUUUCAAUGUCCUUUCAAUUUUAUGUAUUGGUAACGUGAAUGACUUAAAAUGUGAUGAUUUUGCAUAUCUUUUUAUAGAAGUUAUUCAAAUGAAUAAGCUUUGCCAAAAUAUAUAAAUAACCAUUUAAUUUUACUAAUACAUGUACAUUUUUCUCUUUUAAAUAGUUUUAAUGACCAAAAUCUUUUUUUUUUUGUGUGCUUGAUGUAAAAUGCAGGCCUUUACAUGGACAUAGGUUUAAAUAAUGAUAAUAAAAAAUUUACUUUUUGUUUGUUGAUAA